AUGUCCACCCGCCAAUCCCGCACUGCGGACAAGUCGACCAACGACAAGCACACCCGCAUCCUCAAGGCCCUCUUGCAAAAGCCCGGCAACAAGUUCUGUGUUGACUGCCGCAAGAAAGUCAAAUCCGUUGACUUGGACAGCUGGACUGUGGAACAAGUGGAAAACAUGAUCAAGUGGGGCAACGAAAAGGCCAACAUGUAUUGGGAGGCACGCUUGCCCGAGCGCAACAUUCCUAACGAGUCGACUUCAGGAAUUGAUCCAUGGAUUCGUUCAAAGUACGAACAUAAGCAGUUUGCUCAGAAGGGAGGUCUUCCCGAUCCUUCGGAACUUGGACCCAUUGACGAGGCUAUGCUCAUGGAUUUGUUUGGCAAGGCAGAGCCAGACACUCGCGGAAGAGCGCAUAUGAACCGAUCAAGCCAGUCAUCAGAAGGAUUCAGUGGCAUGAUUGCACCCCCUCCCGCCAACCCUACACGAUCCUCCUUUCCCAAGAAGCCAACCUCUUCAGGCGUUCAGGGAGCCGAUCUCUUCUCCAUUGGACAGCGUACUACCCCAGCCAAGGUCUCUUCUGCGCCUGUUCAGGAGGACUUUUUCGGCUUCAACGACCCCGUUCCCGCAGCUGCUCCUGCCCAAAGGGCAGCCAACCCAGCUCCCAGCUCGGCCGCACAGGACUUGUUUUCAAUGACUACCCCAGCAUCCACACCAUCUGCACCAACAGGAAAUGCCGCUGCUACAGCCCCCGCAAAGGCUGGAAACUCUGACUGGAAGACCAACAUCAUGUCGUUGUACGGAAGCCAGUCUUCAGCACCCAAGCCUAACAGCAACAACUCAAACGGAUUUGGCCAGUCUGCUGGAUUCGGUCAGUUGCAGGGUAUGGACGCAUUCGGCGGAUUCGGGCAGGCACCAGCACAGCAGCAGCAACAACAGCAACAACAACAGGCACAUAACCCUUGGGGCAAUGACGAUGGAUUUGGCGCCAUGCAGCAGGCUUCUGCUACUUCGAACACUUCGUUCGAUGCGUUUGGAACGAACUCCAACCAAAUCAAUGGAUUUGGCAACAACAUCAACAACAACAACAACAAUAACAAUAACAAUGGAUUUGGAGGCGCCAACAGCAACAACAAUAGCAGCAACAAUGGUGGAUUCGGAGCAUUCCACAAUGGCGGAUUUGGAGGUGCACAGAACAAUGGAUUUGGGGGAGCAAGCAACAACAACAACAACAACAGCUCGAUGCCACAGGGCGGCGAUUUGUUCAAUCUUCUUGCCGGAGCUGCUCGUUCCCCUACCGCUACGACGCAGAACAACAACAGUAACAAAAACAACAGGUGA